UCUAUUCUGCCUUAUGAGUUUUUCAUAUUAGAAGAAAUAGUGGGAGAAGAAAAACUGGUAAGAAAAAACAAAUGAAGAAUGGGUUAUUUAACUGUAAAUUUUUAUAGUUAUGUUUUCUGUGCUCCUAUAAAUGCACUUCAUGCUCAAUUUUAUAUUGGCAGCAGGGUCAUUUUUAUUGUUAUAUUUUAAUCUCUCUUGUCUAUUCUCUCAUUUCUGGAUUCUUUUUCUUGUAAUGUUUUAUGUAUUCAGUCUUAAUUGGAACUUGAUCAUUAUUUGUAUCCCGGAUAAAGGUGAUGAAUCAAGGCCAAUCAUACUUCAUCUGGAUUCUUUGAGUCUUCACUCUAGCAGAUCACUAUUUGAUAACAUCAAAAGUUCUUAAACAUAUCACAGCUUCCAUAUCUUGUGACUUCACUACCAUCCUAUGUUACAAGAAGUUAUGGGUCAGGAAUUUUCUCAUGAAGGGGUUAAUAGCGAGCAUACAUCAUAUGAUCAGUAUGAGCAGGAGGAAGAAAAACAUGAGGAAGUUGAUGUGGAUUAUAUGGAUGAGGAUGACACAAAUGUGGAACCAAUGUUCGAUUUUCACGGCUUCGAUGAAGGGUAUAACAUUGACUCACUCGAAGACAUUAGGAUGAUUGAAUUUUGGAACAUCGGGGAUGAAGAUGUAUGUCAUUUUCACUUUUCUGAUGUCGACAUUGCAUUUGAGUUCUACAAUAGAUAUGCAAGGACAAGAGGCUUUAGUGCUCGGAAGAACGGGACUAGGAAGAGUCGUGCGAGCGCACUUAAGUUGAAGAAUUUUGUAUGUCAUCGUGAAGGAUUUAGACCGCCAAAUAAUUACGGCAUCGAAAACCUUAAGAGAAAACCUACACCCGAGACAAGGUGUGGCUGCAGUGCAAUGAUGGAGAUUCGUGUAGAUGCACCUAGUGGUCGUUGGUUUAUUUCUUAUUUUUCUGAUGAACACAAUCAUCCGCUUCUGGAUCCUCGGUUGACUGGAUUGCUCCCUGGGCAUAGAUUCAUGUCCGAGGCUGAUAUUGGCCACAUGGUUAACAUGAAAAAGGGUGGGAUUAGUGUUGGACAGAUAUAUCGGGCAUUAGAAAAUCAGGCAGGUGGCUACGAGUAUCUCUCUUUCACGCAAAGGGACAUGUACAAUAAAAUAGCAAAGCAGAGGCGCCAAUUACCCAAUGAUGCAUAUGCAGUUUUGAAGUAUCUAGAAGAUCAAGCAACAAAUGACCCUUCUCUCUAUUAUAAUCAUCACAUGGAUGCUGAUAGUACUUUGCGCAAUUUAUUCUGGUGUGAUGGUCUCAGUAGGGCAGACUACUCAUUAUUUGGCGACGUACUGGCUUUUGAUGCUACCUAUAAGAGAAAUAAAUAUAUGUGUCCACUGGUGGUAUUUUCUGGUAUCAAUCAUCAUAAUCAAACAAUUAUCUUUGCUGCUGCUUUAAUUUGCGAUGAGGAAAAAGACACAUAUAGGUGGUUGCUACAACAACUGAAGGCGGCAAUGAAUGGGAAAGAACAUGUUUCGGUGAUCACGGAUGGUGAUCUAUCAAUGAAGUUCGCCAUUGAGAAAGAGUUUCCUAAUGCACAUCAUAGAUUAUGUGCAUAGCAUCUGAUUCGCAAUGCAACAAGUAACAUUGGCAAGCCCCAGUUUACCUCCAUGUUUAAAAAGUGUAUGCUAGGCGACUAUGAAAUUGAUGUAUUUCGUCAAAAGUGGUUUGAAAUGGUUGAGGGAUUUGGUGUCGAAAACAAGAAUUGGGUCCUAGAUAUGUAUAAAAAGAGACAUUCAUGGGCAACUGCACAUAUAAGAGGGAAGUUUUUUACUGGUUUUCGGAAUACUUCUCGGUGCGAGGGAUUAAACUCGAUCAUUGCAAAAUAUGUCAACUCAAGGUACAAUCUGGUUGAGUUCAUUCAACACUUUAAUCGUUGUGUUGACCAUAUAAGGUGGAAAGAGGUCCAGGCUGACCUCGCCUCUGUGAAUGGGAGACCCAGUAUGCAAACCUGUUUUCAACAGUUAGAGAGGAGUGCUGCCAAUGUUUA